UUAUAACUGCUUUGGGUAUUAUGUAUCACAAAGUAACAGGACCCUAUUGGAUGCUAGUACAGAGUGAGGUUCAAUACCUGGACUUCUACAAAUAUGUUGAAAGCAUGCACAUCUUCUUAAAAAAAUGCUUUGAUGAACCAAGCUGCUUGUUGCAGUCUGAAACCAAAGUUUUUGAUGAUUUCAGCCUACCCAUGAAUGAUGUUCUCUCCUCACUCUAUGACAGACAACCAACUUCUACAACACACCCAGACCUCACAUUAAAGCUGGUGCUGAAGAAGAUGUCAGCCUCAUUUGUGGAUGUAAUCGAACGACAACUGCAUGACUUCCUUCAGGGUGGGAGGUAUCACAACAUUCCCCAGGACUCACCAUUGAGAACAAAGAUGAUGCACAGCAAGCUUCAUAAUCUACUGGGGGAGGCAUGCUUUGGUGAUCUUGAUUUUAGCCUCUUCAAGCGGCGGAAUGCUUCCCUUCACCAUAAUGCAACAAUCAAUAUGCUCAAGAGAAACAAGACCAUGAGUAAUUGGUUCAAGAGCAAGCCAUCAUAUAAACAGAAAGAGCUUUUGAAAAAAUCCUCCUGCUUAGCCCAGGAGAUCAGAAAUAAAAAUCGCAUUGAGGUCAGAUCCAUCCAAGAAAGCCUAAAAAGAAAGCUCCAAGAUACCAAGGAUGAAGCGGACAACAAGUACAGGGAGCUUCAAAGAACAAAAGAGGACAUUGUCAAGGAAGUCAGAAAACAUGG